AUGGAGUCCAUUCACAUGAACACGCAUCCCACGCAUGCCACCUUGGGCAUGCUACACCAGCCCAUGGAGUCUUCUAGCGGCCUACACUACGGCCAAGCAAAGACCUCGGCGGUGGAAGAGCAUACUGCCAUGGACGACGGCUCGCGCCAUAGAUCGGCUCCUGGCUACGACACCGAGUCGCAAGCUCCUGCAUAUUCGUCCCAAGCAGAUCCACUCGAUCUAUCGAGAAGAGUGAAGACACAAGCCGAGCUCGACAGCAUCACCGCCAACAGCGCUCGCAAAAGAGACAACAUAGCAUACUGCAAUCCAGUCAAUCUUGGCCGUAAGCCUGCCUCGAAAGUGGCGGGUUUCUACGAGUCGCAAAAUUCCCAGAUCGAACGAUUGUUGAAGCCAGUGCAUGAGCAUGUUCGCGAGGCCAAGGACUCGCAGGAGUCUACCAAGUUCAAGUACUUGAUUGCUGUCUAUGGCUCGUUUGGUGCAAAUAUUGCCCUUUCGAUCAUACAGCUCUAUGCCGCCAUCUCAUCUGGAUCGCUGUCGCUGUUCACGACUGCGGCCGACUCCGUCUUCGACCCGCUUUCCAACGUCACUCUGAUCCUCUGCAACAAGGCCGUCACCAAAGUCGAUCCUCGCAAGUUCCCCGCAGGUCGCGCGCGCAUAGAGAACGCUGGCAACAUCGUCUUUGCCUUCCUGAUGGUCUGCGUAUCUUUCAUACUCAUCGCCUUCUCCAUCCAGGAUCUUGUGCAGCACGCUGGACAGUCGGAAACUAAGUCCUUCUACCUACCUUCGGUGAUCGCUGUGUCAGUGGCUUUCACGACCAAGCUCUGCCUCUUCUUUUACUGCUGGGGCAUCAAAGGCGAGUACUCGCAAGUUCGCAUCCUAUGGGAAGACCACCGCAAUGAUCUCUUCAUCAACGGCUUUGGUAUUCUUACCUCGGUUGGUGGGUCGAAGCUCGUGUGGUGGCUGGAUCCCAUGGGUGCCAUCAUUCUAUCAGUGCUCAUCUCCUGCCUGUGGCUGCACACCGCCUACGAAGAGUUCCAGCUUCUCAUCGGCAUCACCGCGGAUACGGAGACGCUGCAGCUGAUCACAUACGUGAGCAUGACGCACAGCGAUGCGAUCAAGCAGAUCGACACUGUGCGAGCGUGGCAUUCUGGACCACGACUAGUCGUGGAGGUUGACAUCGUGAUGGAUCCCGAGGACACAUUGCGGGCUACCCAUGAUGUGGCGGAGGAGCUGCAGAUGAAACUGGAGAGUCUGCCGGAUGUGGAGCGGGCAUAUGUACAUGUCGAUUUUGAGACAACGCACAAGCCCGAGCAUUUCUUGAAGAAGGAGCUGUGA